UUGCCAUUCUGAACAAUCUCGCACCCCGAAUAAGAACAAGACCCUUCUCGGUUCAGGGAAGAACCAAGUACCCGAUCGGGGGAAUUGAGGACCGCGGAUAUUUAUGGCUGGAAGUCUAUUGGUCAAUCUCUCGCCGACACCGGUACCUGUACCUGAGCGCAAUCGCCUGUAUCUCGUCAUAUCACCUGUAGCUCUAUCACGGUGCCAGUUUAGCGUCAUAGCCCCUCAGUUUUGAAGGACCAGUCCUUGCCCCUCUGUGCCUGGCCGUUGAUAUUUUAUUGACCAGUCAGGCGGGAUCUGCUACAAGAAGCAAAUUGUACAAUCUUCGAUUUCUCUUCACUGGUAGUACUGCUUCACGAUGCCGCGCACUUCUCCACCCUUGUCUUCUACUUUACCUCCGCUCAUUUGCGGAACCGCGACGUUUAAUGAUCAAUAUAACGCCGAUCCCCAGGCACUUCCAACAACAGCAAUCGUUCAUCGCGCAUUUGCGUCAGGAUUGCGCGCAUUUGAUUCUUCCCCAUAUUAUGGUCCUUCAGAACAAUUACUCGGACAAGCUUUGGAUACUCCCUUUAUAGAAGAGAAUUUCCCGAGGAAGGACUACAUGGUCCUGACGAAGGUUGGCCGCAUAAAGGAAACCGAAUUCGAUUAUUCACCGGAAUGGGUUCGCGAGAGCGUGGGCAACAGUCUUGGAAAACUGCGGACCAGAUACUUGGACUUGGUUUAUUGCCAUGACGUGGAGUUCGUGACCCCGCCAGAAGUACUUGCCGCUGUAAAGGAGCUUCGUCAGAUCCGCGACGAGACAGGUGUGGUCAAGUAUAUUGGAAUCUCGGGAUAUCCAGUCAAUACGCUCUGCGAGAUUGCUGAGAUGAUCCUUCGCGAAACAGGAGAGCCUUUGGAUGCAGUCAUGUCGUAUGCGAACUACACUGUGCAGAACACUAGGCUCGCAACGGAGGGAGUCGCGAGGCUUCAGGCAGCUGGUGUCGAUGUUGUGUUGAACGCAUCCCUCCUGGGUAUGGGCUUAUUGCGAAGACAAGGCGUUCCAAUCGGCGGCCAAGGAGACUUUCAUCCUGCUAGUCAGGACCUUCGAGCCGCUGUGCGACAGGCCACUGAUGUCUCCGAUCGUCACAACGAGAAACUCGAAAGUGUGGCGCUCCGCUAUGCAUUGGAGAGUUGGCUUUCUGCGGGCAGUGCGGUGGGCUCAAAAGGGAAAUUGAAUUUUGGCGCACCAUUAGAAGAGGGUCGAGCAGAUGCUGCCCCUGAUCGGAAGUUAGGAGUUAGCGUGAUUGGAGUUAGCUCCACGGAGGAAUUGGAGGAGACUUUACAGGUAUGGGCAAGCAUUUUAGAUGGUAUUGAGGACUCUAUUUCCGCCAAGGAACGCCCGAACGAUUAUGAGAAAAGCGUUCAGAUGCAGGAAAAGGUCCAAUCUCUUGUCAAAGAGAUUCGGGAGUCGUUAGGAGAGUGGGUCGACUCUACCUGGUCAAGUCCACCUGCAGGAUUUAAGAACACAAGAGGGAAUUGACAAACAAACAAUCCGCCUGCCGCUUCUGGUGUAAUGCAGAAAAAGAGUGAAGAAGCAUUCCGAAUGUACACAUAACAGGGGUAGAUUUACCUGCUCCAAUCGCCAAUCAAAUGGCUGGCUUAUAUAUAGAAUGAACAUUUUCGAUGGCCCACGUUGCAGCCCUGAAAUUAAAAAUGAUGAUAUCCGCCAUUAUCAGCGACACAGUUGA